AUGUCUCAAUCCUUGCGACCCUACCUCCAGGCCGUCCGGAGCAGUUUGACGGCCGCCCUCACGCUCUCCAACUUCGCUUCCCAAACCGCCGAACGUCACAAUGUCCCCGAGAUUGAGGCCCAAACCUCCCCCGAGGUCCUCCUGACCCCCCUCACCAUCGCCCGUAACGAGAACGAACGUGUUCUGAUCGAGCCGAGCAUCAACUCCGUGCGGAUAUCCAUCAAGAUUAAGCAGGCCGAUGAGAUCGAGCACAUUCUAGUCCACAAGUUCACCCGGUUCUUGACACAGAGAGCCGAGUCUUUCUUCAUUCUCAGGAGGAAGCCCAUCAAGGGAUACGAUAUUUCUUUCCUCAUUACGAACUUCCAUACCGAGGAGAUGUUGAAGCACAAGCUGGUCGACUUCAUCAUUCAAUUUAUGGAGGAGGUUGAUAAGGAGAUUUCGGAGAUGAAGCUCUUCCUCAACGCAAGAGCGAGAUUUGUUGCCGAAUCUUUCCUCACUCCCUUCGAUUAA